ACUCGUUAGCAGUCAGAUUGUUUUAAUCCUCUUCUGUGUGUGUGUGUGUGUGUUUCUCUCCUCUCCUCUUGCACAUGCCCAAUGGUCAAGUCACCUGACCUUUUCUUAGAGGAUCACCAAUUGGAGCCAAUUGUUUGCUCUUGAAAGAAGAAGACUGGGUGAGGAGGAUAGUAAGUGAUGUGGAAUUUCUUUAAGUGAGCAAGCUUUCUGUUAUUCAGUCAUGAGUUCAGACGUUCAACGUAUCACUGUCUUUUUUGUCAUUGUUUUUCUCAUUUUUGUCAAUGCCUGGCUGUUUUUUCAGACUUUUGGAUAAAAGUAUUUGUCUCAAAUGAAGAGGCGCUUUUCCAAACCAGCAAUGGAUAUGGAACAUUUUUAAGGAAGUCAACGAGUGACUUUUGUCUUUUUACAUAAUGGCAACUUCAUAUUUGCAGCUGCUCUCUGGGGAACAGACAAGUUGCUUUUCGCGGAUGAAUUGCAUGUUUCAGUUUCUGUACAUUUCAUCGUUGAGUGGCGUGUAGAGAUUAUGCUUUUAUUCUGAAAGUCGCAACCGGAUGUCGGGUGUUCCUCUACCAUAAAGAUACCCGGAGAUGUCUUCUAUUAGGUUAUCAUUAUUUUUCACCUCGUUUGCCAUAAAAAAAAAAUCAACACGUUCCACUUUUAAACGGGUAGUGUGCUGUUAAACAUAUCUUACGUAUAUUUUAAAUAAUUCAGAAGUACACGCUGAUUCAAAGUCCCGACAAGCUAGACGGAGAUAACGGAAACCUGCACGUAAAUACCGCUACACGAUAAAUAAAGAAAUAAAAAAGGGACCACUCCCGUUGGUGAACCGUUACCGACGGUUCCCCGAACCGAGGCUGUGAAGCAGCCGACUCGUUGAGAGGAAAGCCCUCCGUAUGUCUGGAGGGUAAUCUGGCAACAAACGCACGCGCGUCGUCUUCGCUCGUGGUGGUCGGCGGUAAACGGACCGUAAAUCUGUCUCGUGAGCGGCGGUUGACCGUUGAGGUUGAGAGGCCAUGACGAAGGGUCAGUUGGCUCGUUAGCCGUUGGUCUCCGGGGGGCUAUUUAUAGCCGACGGUAGCUUUCGGACCACCGAGGGCUGGGCGCGCGACCUUGGAACGUUGCCAUGGAUUUGACCCGGUUGGCGGUGGACGCUGGUCAGUUCAUCAACCGGGCCGUUCAGUACACGGAGGAGAGUCUCGGUCAUGGGGAGAAGACGGAGCUGGACCCCGGGCUGGGGGAGCUCUUUGCCCGGGUAGACGCCACCAAGACCUGGUCCGACCAGAUGAUCUCCCAGACUGAGGUUUUACUGCAACCCAACUCAGGAGCGCGCUUGGAGGACCGUCUGUACGAGCAUCUGGACUGGAGCGUCCCCCCUCGGCCUCGUGCACACGAGGUACUGGGAGACCAAAUGGUCCAGGCCGGGCUGGAGAUGGGGUCCAACACGCCCUAUGGAACUGCACUGCUCCGGUGUGGAGAGGCUCAGAGGCAGCUCGGCGAGGCGGAGAGGAAGUUUGUCCAAAGCACCAACAUCCACUUUCUCACCCCUCUGAGGAGCUUCACCGAGGGGGAGUACGGAGCCAUGCAGGAUGAGCGCAAGAUGUUGGUAAAGAAGCGUCUGGACUUGGACAUCGCUAAAACCAGACUGAGAAAAGCACAUGAAGCUGACCGGGAGGGCAGAAGCCUGAACGCGAACCCGCUGGAAGACGGCUACUUGUCUCGCGUCUCGUACAUGUUCAGCUUCCUGCGGGUUAAGUGGCUGAAGAUGUGGGCGCAGGAAAUCGCUCAGGCAGAGAUGGAGCAGAGGAUCUGUCAGAGUCUGUUCGAUCGUCAGUCAGAAAUCACGAGACGAGUUGUGGAAGGAAUCGGCAACACUCACACCAACCACAUGCGCAGCCUGACGGACUUUGUGGAAGGUCAGGCCUGUUACUUCCACCAGUGUCACCAACAUGCUCAGGAGCUCCAGAGGCAGCUGGCCAGCAUCCCGGCGCUCCUCUGCUCCAACAACUGGCAGUCGGCAAUUAGUGCCGACGUCAACCAGCCGUCCAGAGCCGCCCCGCCCCCCCCGAUCCCCAUCAUCGUCCACCACAUUCCAGACUUCGACCAGGACUCCUGGACUUCAAGUCCACUCGGCGCAACUGAAAAGAACCCAGAUACCUCUGUGACCACAAAGUCAAGUAACAACAACAACAACAACACCUGCUUCUCUGACGAACAAGCAACCAGCCACUGCUCAGUGGUCAAUCAACGACUUCAUGUCUGGACACCAAAUUCGGGUCAGAUAUCAGCAAGAGCACAAGCCAACGGAGAAACUGCUGCAAUAACCAAUCCGACAACGACAACAACAACAACUUCCCCACCUCCCGAACUCACCGGAGACGAGUCUCAGACAGCAAACGCUGUAGCUUGUUGCACCACGACGAGCGAUCACGUGAUUAUUGAGACUUUGAAACAACCAACGACGCCACAAACCAGCGGCCCCGCCCUUAAUGAAGAAGAUGUCCCAGAGUCUUCAUCGGCAGCCGGUCAGGACGGAGUUCAGGAGACACGAAGCUCCACGUUUUCCGGAGAGGCGCCUCAGAGGAAGCACAGCCGGAGCUCCGAAAGACGGAUUAGAUCGUCGUUGCUGUAGAUUUCCUCUGACUCGGGCCAACAGGAAUAGAUUCUCCUCAAUCUGUCCCCAGCUCCUCGGUGAGUGUGUUUCCACCUCACUGAUGUACAGCAAGCCCCUGAUCAUUAUUUGUUAUCAUUUCCCGGAGACAGCAGCUCUCUCUCUCUGGGUUUUUUCUGGAUGUCGCGCUCGUGUGUGAAACAGGAAGGAAAACUGUGCUGCAGUUGUGAUUGAGUUCUGUUAUCUUGCUGUCUUCCCCCUGAGCUUUAACAGUGACCACGAUGUCUACAAGCCGCCUUUUUCGGAUGAGAAAACAACAUCAAAUUGUAUUUAACUGCAAAAACUGGGAAACUAAAAGUGGGCCGAGCACAGAGUCUUGAGGUACUCCGUUUUGCACCGUGCACAUCGACCCAUUCACGACCUGAGAGAUGAUUACUGGACCAGCAGGCCGUGAUCCACACUAGUGAGGCUUUUCUAAACUCGGGUAUCUAUUAUUUUGAAUCUUGAUCUUGUUUUUAGUACAGCAAUAAGAUCCAUAACCAUCACUUAAUCCUCCUUUUUUUUUUAACCCUCCUGUUACCUUCACAUAACAUAUUUUACCCUCUGGGUCAAUUUGACCCCAGCAAUUAAAAUCUCCAGAAAAUUAUUAGAAUUAAUAUUGUUUCCCAAGUUUAAGUGUGAGGUACUUUAUGUUUGUUUGUUGACAACCUAAAUAGCCCUUUAAAUAUAUAAAAAAGUUGAUAUUUCUUAUAUGUUUGACACAGUGAAAAACAGCCUGGGGUCAAAUUGACCCCAAAGGUAACAGGAAAGUCAUAUAAAUCGACUAUAUUCUUACAAUAGCUCUAUUGUUUUACAGUUGACAGUUUUCCAAUCACAUCUCCAAGGUUACCUGCCCCCCCCCCCCAUCCACAUAUUGGGUAUGAAAAGCGGAUCCACCCAUUUCUCAUAAAACGGGCUCGUGCUUGCGAACUUGGCUGUUUUAGUGUUCGUUAGUAUGCGGUUUAUUCAAAAGUAAAGUCCUGUUGCUGUUUUAUAUUUUAGCCUACGAAGCUCCGCUGACAUCCCCCACAGUCCAUCUCCGGUUUCACUAAAACAAACCAGACGACCUGAUCUGUUCCCCUCUGAUUCUCUCCGAUCUGAAUCGAAUGUGUGCCGAUAAAUGAGGAACACGCUCCUCGAAUCCGACUUUCUCGUUGCGUGCCUCUCCGUCUUUUCCCUUUUCCAUCUCCCUCUCUGCUCCGUUUCAGGCAGAGAUGGGCAGUAUUUCUAUUACUUGUACUUUAAAUACAUAUUUAAAUUACUUUUUAAUAUUUUGUCAUUUGUAUUUGAUAGGGCCGAUAAAAAAAAAAGACCGUAAUUUGUAACAAAUUACUUAAAAGUGGAGUUAUUACCUUCGCAUUGAAAAUGCGGAAGGUUAUGUUUUGAUAGCUGUGUAUUUGUAUGCGUGCAUGCGUGUGCGUGUUAUUCGCAUAAGUCAAAAAGCAUUAAACCGAAUCGCAUGAAACUUGGUGGGAUGAUUGGUUAUUAUCCGGGGACCAUUUGAUUAGAUUUUGGGAUCGAUCGGGUCAAAGGUCAAGGUCAUGAAAAGGUCAACAUCUUCUUAUUACCAUAGCAGUCAAUUUUUAUGUUCAUAAUUCAAUGCCCAAUCUUGUGAUAUGCGAAGGUAUGCGCUCUACCGAGUGCCCGUUCUAGUUUAGUAUUUAAAAUACUCAAAAUAGUUUCUCCACAAAUCAAAAAACAGGGAGGGGGGGGGCCACCAGGAAGUAGAGGUGAACACAGGUGUUGGAAAGGAAAAUAAACGACCACGGUCAAAUGGAA